AUGGACAAACCCUCUCCUGUACGCCUGCCCUGUCCUCUGCAGGUGGCCCCAACAAGUGUCUCCAACAAGUCCAUUAACUCUCCUUUCCUCUCCUCUCCUUCUCUUUUCUACCCCUGUCCUCUGCAGGUGUCCUUCCAAACAAAGGCAGUGUCCUCCAACAGAGUGAGUAACCUCUCCUCUCCAUCUUUCUACCCCUGUCCUCUGCAGGUGUCCUCCAACAAUUUUGCAGUGGGCUGUGUGGAGAAACUCAACAGGAUGCAGUGUCUGUGUAUGCCUGGCUACGCUGGGCCCCAGUGUCAAAGGUGUGCUCCCGGUUUCUACGGCAACCCCAUGGUUAUUGGCAGCRCGUGCCAGCCCUGCCAUUGCCAUGGCAACACGGACCCCAACAUGCUGUUCARCGACUGUGACGGGCUGACGGGCGAGUGUCACAGCUGCAUGCACAACACCGCCGGGGCGCAAUGCGAGAUCUGUGGCGCUGGUUUCUACGGUGACGCCGUCACUGCCAAGAACUGCACCAGAUGCAACUGCUCUCCCUGUGGCACAGCUUCGUGUGACCGUCACACAGCGAACAAAUUCAAUGCCCAAACAAGGUGUGACCGGACCAGCACGUACCCUCCACGAACCGUUACCCUCGCCCAGUACGUACCUGACACUCAUUUUCAAAUCAGGACCAGUGACCCUUUGCUCACGGUACUACUGAACUCCAUCAUACACAGAGACGUUGGACCCCUGCCAGGUACGUACCGAACUCAGUUAUCAUCAGAGGACCGUGACCCCUGUCAGUACGUACUGAACUCAGUUAUCAUCAGAACCGUGACCCUGUCACGACGUAUGAACAUCAGUUAUCAUCAGAGACCGUGGACCCCUGUCAGAGACGCGACCCCUGCACAGGCACCACGCUACAUCCAAUCAGUAUCAUCAGCAGACCGUGACCCCUGCCAGGUACUACUGAAACUCAGUUAUCAAUCAGAGACCGUGACCCCUGUCAGGGACGGUGCGUUUGGCUAUGAUUCGUGCUCCGGGUGUCGUCGGUGUGACUGUGACGUGGCGGCGGCCCAGGUCCAACCGUGUGACCCCAGGAGCGGGUCGUGUGCCUGCCAACCAGGGAUCAGUGGACCUAACUGUCGCCAGUGUGCCCCUGGGUACUGGGACUACAGCCCCGAGGGAUGCAGGAAGUGUCAUUGUAAGCACGGCCGCUGUGACCCUCGGACAGGGGAGUGUCGCUGUGGAGACGGCUUGACAGGCAAACAGUGCGACAGCUGUUCCCAUAGAUACAGUGUUCCUGUACAGCACGGACGUGACAUGACCUGUGAACCAUGUGACAGCGGCGUUGUAGUCCUGUUGAAGGAUCUGGACGGUAUGAAUGACAACUUUGGCUCAUGGCCCAUCAGCUGAUCAACAUGGGCGUCUCCUCUAUCUCCCUGGGCUCAGC